AUGAAUGUGAAAUGGUUUGGUACAGUAAUGUUUUACUAUGUGAUUUUAGUGAAUUUAGUGAAUGCCACUUUUUGUCAUUUUCAAAUCUCCCGUCGUUCCGUCCCCGUACGUCCCGUCGUCGCAGGAGACGGAACCCAGAAGACAGAUGCUGGCAUCCGCUGGAGGACAUUACAGGGGACACUGCAGGAGGGAUAUCGCGGGAGCGCAGGACAAGGUAAGAGAAGAAGCAGCGCCGCAUGGUAAGCCCGAGUGUAGCUCGGGGUUACCGCUUGUGCUACACUCGGGAAUACCGCCAGGGAGGCUA